AUGUCCGGGUCUGACGUAUUUGAUGUGCUGAAUAUAAAAUACAAAGGGAAGAUUUCAGAACAUGAAGGAACUACCUCCAAUCCAAUAUCGUCUUCUUCUUCAGCGGUAGCCGUGAAUCGACCCGCAAAGAUGCAAGUCACAGGUAUGCAGAGAGAACUUUAUAAUCUAUUAGGUGAAAACCAACCUCCAAUUGUAAUACAACCGAAUACAAAAUUUAAGGAAAAAUUGAACAACACUAAUAAGGCAUCACCUUGGAUUCAUUCUCAAUUUACAGCGAACAAAUAUGUCACUUUGGAACAUUGGACAAAGGGACCUAAAUCCGAGGAUGGAAUUCCAGAGUCGAAUUUUACUAAAUAUGAUAUACAUCUUUCAAUUCCAGAAUUCUCAGAAGAAGAAUAUAAUUCCUUUAUGAACCCUCAGACAAAAUCUACAGAAUCAAAUGAGACUGACAACAAACCUGAGCAUAAAUGGAGUUAUGUAGAAAUUUUGUAUCUAUUUGGACUGUGUCGGAGGUAUGAUCUCUCUUGGUUUGUUAUCUACGACCGUUAUAAUUUUGGAGAGGAGAAAUCGUUGGAAGAUUUAAAAGAGAUGUUUUAUGAAGUGUGUAGGAAGUACUUUUUAGCAAAAGAUCCAAAUGACACGACUCUGUCGUUGUUAGAUUAUAAAAAGGAUAAAGAGGUAGAAAGAAAGAAAUAUUUGAAGAGACUUCUAUCGAGGUCAGCAGCUGAGAUUGCUGAAGAAGAGGCAUUGAUUAUUGAGUCGAAGAAAUUCGAGAUGGCCGCAAAGAAGACAUUAAGUGAGAGAGAAUCUAUACUGCGCUUGCUUGAUUCUCCUAAUUCUGAUCAAUCGGUGGCACAAUAUAUGUCAUCACAAGGGAUCGCACAACUAUAUAAUAACCUUUUAUCUGACAAGGCAAGGAAACGUAAACAUGAGAAUGGUAUUCCCGAAAAUCCAUGGAUGAAGCAACAACAACAAUUUGCCCAACAAAGGCACCAUCAGUUACAACAAGGGGGUGAUAAAAGGGUAGACGCUAAUUCGAUGAAUAAAAAGAACAAGAAACAAAAGUAUGAUGCUCAAACGGCAAUGAAGAAGAAGGGUGAUGCAGAAUAUGCUGAGCAACUUCUACAACAGUUUAAUGACGAAGAAAGGAAGGCUUUAGGUGUCACAGCUCAUGGUGAGAAAUUGUCACCAGGUGUUUAUCUUAGAUCUACAAAAAUAUCCACUUUUAAACCUGCAUUACAAAAUAAGGUGGUGACUGUUUUGCAAGAAAUAGACAUGCCAACUAGACCGGCAAUGCCAUCGUAUGAAGUAAUACUGAGAUAUGAGAAACUAUUAAAACGUAUCGUAACUCUAAUCGAUCUGAAGAAACAUUUAGACAAGCUAGAUGCUGAGAAGGCGAUAACCAAAUAG